AUGCUAACGGCAACGACGAGUGUUUGUAAGAAGCAAGUUGCCACGACGAGCAUGUGGCUAUUGUCAUUUGCAGUGUUGUCCUUCAUCUUAUUACUGAACAUUGGAUGCGAAAUUAAUGCACAACAACAACAAACGUCACAUGUUGCUACGACGAAAGAACCAUCUUCGUAUCAAGUAUCGUUGGAUAUUGCUGGCGGCUAUGGAAUGGACGGCUUUACAGCAACAGCAGCAGGUAUGGGAAUGGUGCGUGGCCUUUCUCACUCAGUCCUGUCAGAUGCCAAUUUUCAACAGUCAAUUUUAUUUGGGGACCUUUCGCUGGGUCGCAUUCGAAAAUUUUCAUUGACUUCUCAAAUGAUUCAAACACUCAUUGGCGAUCCUUUGUCCAGUUCUAAAUAUACCGUUACCUCAGUCAUGGACAUUGCAUGCGCACCCUACUCGAAAGAUGUUUAUUUCAUUGACAACCAUAAAGUGAGAAAAUUUAAUUUAAAUUCAGAAGAACCUUAUGUGAUUACUGACGUGAUUGGAAAUGGAACUGCUGGUAUCGAACCCUCUGGAAAUGGGUUACCAAAUGCCACCUUGUUGAAUUAUCCCAAUGGUCUCUUUUUUCAUGAAGCUACAAAAACUUUGUAUAUUGCAGAUACUAUGAAUCGACGAAUUGUCAUUGUGGAUUGGAGAUUUAAUUCAAAGAGAACGAUAACAUUUGGUAUAUUGAAUGUGCAACCAGCGAACAUUGUGGUGAAUAAUGAGGCAACCAUGUUGUAUUUGACGGAUACGGCAAACCAUCGAGUGAGAUCUGUGGAUUUGACAACUGGCAUUUCAAAGAUCAUUGCUGGAAAUGGUAACAAUGGAGCACAAUAUUCAAAUGCUACAGCCAGUGCAAUGAACGUUUCAUUACUUUCUCCAACUGGUAUUGCUCUCUCACCAGAUGAGUCUUCUCUGUACAUUACUGAAACAGGAUGGAACGUCGUGAGAAGAUAUGACUUUGCAACAACAAUGAUGACACCAGUAGCAGGAAAUGGAAAACCAGGAUAUAGUGGAGACGGAAACUUGGCGGUAUUUGCUUCUUUGAGGGCUCCGAUGGAUGUUGUCGUGUCCCCAAAUGGAGAAGUCAUUAUUGCCGAUUAUGGAAAUACCAGACUUCGUAAAGUCGAUACCAACGGAGUUAUUCACACCAUUGCAGGAAGUGGUUCGUUGUUACCCACAGCACAAGACAAUACGCCUGCCUACCCUUCCAAUUUAAUGUUCCCCUCUGACGUAUUGGUUUCAAAAUCCACCGGAGAUGUUUUCAUUUCAGAGGCCAGGUCCAAUCGAAUUCGAAAGUUUCAUCUUCUCAACAAAUUUCAACAGUCUCAAAUGUUGGUGAUAUUUCAGGUACUGGAACCAUGUCUGUGCUCGAAGAGCCUUUGGAAACAUCUCGUUCUAGAGUUGUUUGGGGAAAUACUCUCAGUUUGA